AUGGGCAGAGAAAGCAAGCUGCUGUCAAACGAAGUGUUUCUUUUUUGUUCUUCUCUUCUUUACUAUUUUUCCCUCCCUUCUGCUUUUGCAAGAGUAACAUUGUUCGUAACUUCCAUUAUAGCCUACUUUAUACUAACUACCAAAAUCGCCAAAUGCAAUCUUCUGCCUCUCGGUUCUUGGGUUCUACGCAUACAAAACCGGUUCGGUUCCGGUUCGGUUCUUG